UUCGACCUGAUCAUCUCCACAGCCUCAUCCAACGCCAUCGAUGUGCCAGCGACGCUAUCGACGCUAUCCGUGCACGGCAAGCUGAUCUUUGUAGGCAUGCCCGAAGAGCCGAUCAAAGCGAUGCGCAUCCAAGCCUUCGCUGGCAACGGCGCCUUUUUCGGAUCUUCCCACAUCGGAAGCAAGACGGAAGCGCUGAGCAUGCUGAAAUUGGCGGCGGAGAAGCAGAUCAAACCUUGGGUCGAGGUGAUGCCUAUGAGCCAGUGCUCCUUGGCCGUCAAGAGGGUGCACGAGAACGAUAUUCGCUACAGAUUCGUCCUGCAGCAAGACCUCGUCAAGCACGAGUAG